AUGCCGACACUUCAGCACACAGAUGGUCUACAAACCAUCCGGCACUCAUACAGAGCACGUCAAAAACUUGUGCUCCCUACAAUUAAAGCUCAUCUUGUUCAAAUAUGGCCCGCCGUAGCGCGGGACGCGGAAGACGAUCCACCACCACCGCCCGCCAUCGCCACCGCCACCACUUCUGUUCCACCACCACCACCAUCUGGACAUUUCCAUGAUUAA